CCGAGCUAGAAAUAAAAACUGAAAUAUGAGUAUUUAAUGGAAAAAUUACUAGUUUGAGACAGAUAGAUUCGAAAUUCAAUCCAAAGUAUAGAACUAGUAAUGUAAAAACUUCUAACACAUACAAUGCUUGCUCAAAAGCUAAAUUGAAUUGAAAGAAAUUGAAGAAACUGAAGCUUAUGCAUUUCCGGAGUCUUUUCUUAGUGCUGCGGCUCUUCUACGAGAGAAGAAAAGGAAAAUUGCUGCUUGAUCUAGUUGCUGUUGCGGCUGAAUGAAGAGAAGGACUAAAAUGCAUGUGUGGCUAUCUUCUACCUACGGCUGUUACGAAUGAAAUCCAUGCGACUGCUUUUGUGUUGGGCAGUGAAAGAAAAAAAACAUGAACUCGUAGGUGCUGCUGAUUGUCAAAGAGCUGAAGGAAUGGAAAAAAAUCCAUGCGGCUAAGUGUGAACAGUGGAAAGACACGAACUAGUGCGGCUAGGGUUAACUCAGGAUGAGAAAACCUUACUCUUGCUGGACUUUUUGGGCUGCUUCAGAUGAAUGCUCUUCUUCUUUUUUUUUGUUGGGCUGUUGUGCCAAAUUAAUCUUAACACGAUUCUCAAAAUGUCCGGGCCAAACAUAACAUGUUAGUCACCGUAAAACUCAGCCUUUAUAAUCACAACUCACCACAUCCGCUAAAAAUAUGUAAUUUACAAUCAAAUUACUCAAAAAAUGUCAAACUGCGUAGAAAAAUACUACACUGAAAAUGAAUGGCACCGGGACCGAAAUAUUACAAAUUUUCAUUCAAAACCCCCCAAUAGUCACCCGAUUAAUUAUAAAAAUUAGAAAAUUAACACCUAAAAUAUGGGUGAAAAGAUAGGGACGGAACGAGCCUAUCAACAGACAACCCUUUAUAUUUCGAAAAUACAACAAAAAUGAAGAAAACAAAAUCAAGAAAAGAAGAUCCGCUGCUCAAGUUAUUCAAUGCUUCUUGGUCUGCCUUCGUCGUUGUCUUCCCUUGAGGUUGCAUCCAAAAUGGCAACCACCGUAGGCCCGCCGUUGGCAAGCGGCGUAGGCCCGCCGUUGGCAACAUCACCGGUGGAAGAGGAUAUAAGCAAGAGAAGAUCCAAGAUUAGAAGAGAGAAAGAUGGUAAAAAUGGGAAGUCUUACGGAAAGGGAAAGAUUUUGUGAUGGAGAAGAAAGUGGAAGGAAAGGGGUGCGUGAAAAGAGGAGAGGGAGGGAGGAAGAGAGGUGGGGUGUAGGAGAGAGGAAGAGGGAAAAGAAAAGUGGGGUGGAUAUUUAUAUGGAGUACAAAUGGGGUAAGGUACCUAUAACAAAAUUGAAUUAAUUUACGGGUAACCAGAGAUAGAUUUCACAUAUUUCUAUAUUAGGCAUAUAAAAAUAUCGAAAGUGGUAGCUUUUAAAAUUGAAAAUUGCUUUUAUCGGAUAGCUUGAAAGAAACUGGAUAACAACAUUUGCUGCAUUUCACUGUACGCAAUGGGUUAAGGUUAUAUACAUUUUGUCUUAUUUUAAUUGGUCCAUUUUACAGUAUAUUGAUUUGUGUGAUGACUCUCAUCUAUCCUAUGGAUUCAGUAGGAUUAUAGUACCAAUUUAAUGUUUUUUGUUACUAUAUUUACUUCGUCGACCUAAAUCACUUUUAAUCUUUUUUACAUAUCAAACUUUUAUCAAAUUUGUUUUUCUCUUUUGCGACUUUUAAUGUAGUUUCUAAAUAUGUAAAUUUUGUUUGCAACACAUAAUUUGAGUGUGGACAAAGAUCUGUUUGUUUUAUCAUCAAUCAAACAUCGUAAACCGCAACGAGAACAUCAAAAUGAGACGGAGGGAAUAACUAUUUUUAAUUUAUUUUAUUUUGUUUUUGAAACUUGACAUAAUUUUUUUGGGAUUAUUAAAUAUCCAAUUUUAGAGAGCGUUUUCUAGAUGUAAGAUAAUUAUUCUGCAUGCGAAGUGUAUGGACAUUAAUUAAAGGGUUAUACAAUUUGGCUUGACUAUUUAAUUUAAGUUGUAGAAUAAUUUAAAAAAGAGAGAAUUCCCUAAAUAAGAGUAAAAAAGUUUUUAAAUUCCAAAAUAGGAGUAUCAUGUUUUUUAUUCCUUGAAUAGGAGUAAAUUUCUGCCAAGUUUGACAUUACUAGGCUUUAAAACAUGGCAUUUUUUCCCAAAUUUGGCAGAUUACUUCUAUUCCGGGAAUAAAAAACAUGAUACUCAUAUUUUGGAAUUUUAAAACAUUUUUACUCCUAUUUAGAGCAAUUUCUAUUUAAAAAAAACAUUUCACGCUGAUACGAAAUAUUUUACGGGAGGAUCGCGAUAAAAUACUUUGCAUAUUUUUUAUAAAACACUGCAAUUAGUAGCCAAAAAAUGUAAUGUAUUUUACAUACAAAAGUGAUUGCUUACUUAGAGUUUGAAUGGAAUCAUUUUGCGUGCAACAAUUUAUCGUGUAAACUACCAAAUGAGGAAGAAGAUGAAAUUGAGAAUAAUUUAAACACGAACAACAUAAGCACUGGAGAAGAAAAGAAAGGAGACAUUAAUAAAAUCAAAAAGAAAAAAUGAAUGGGCGAAUAGGAACAAAAGGAGACAACUUUUUGCACAUAAAGCGUACCUACAACAUCAUCUUUUACGGACUAGAGUAACAUGUGAUAAUUCGAUCAUAAUUGUACCAUUCACUAAUUUCCCCAGUUUCGUGUUCACUGAAUAUUUGAUAUGGAAAUUGGGUGAUGCUGAUGAUUGUAUAUUUGAAAGUGGUAAAAAACUUACGAUAUACUCGUACCUUCCUUGGCGCAAUUUGUAAUCGCACUUUUAUUUGGGACAAAACGAGGCUAGGGAGUUAUUUUAAGCAGAUGGCAAUAUGGCAUGGGCGGGAUAGACUAUGUGAAGUAGGGCAUAAUUCAAUUAUCAUUCGGCAAAUUGGAGCAGAAUGAAUGUGCGACCCACAAACAAUCAAACGAUUAGGAGGUGGUGGUUGAAGAAGAGUCAGUAAGUUUUUAAAUUAUAUUAAAACAACGAUUAGGAGGUAGUGGUUGAAGAAGAGUCAAUAAGUUUAUCAAUUCAGGGCCCGAAAGAUAGAUAAACUAUCAUUAUAGGAUCUGGAUGAUUUAACACUGAUGGAGUAUAUCCCCGUACACCCUAGGGGUACCGCGAUCGCUGGCAGAAAGCCUUGCGGGUCAUCGGGGGCAAGAAAAUACUAAGUCCGCACCUGGAUCCGACCCCGACCGCCAAGGUCGGGAAACAUCAGGCUCAGGAAUCAAGUAAACUCAGCAGAUAACAGGGUCCACCGACCCCGACCCCGACCUCGAAGUCGGGAAACAUCGAGCUCAGGAGCCAACCAAACUCAGUGAUCCAUGAGCCCGACCUCGGGACAUUCGAGGUCAGCAUCAAAUCUGACCUCAGAAGUCUUGCUCCAGGUCAACACCAAUCAAAGCACCAGGCGACCAAGUCACCUCCAGAGCGAGGACGGGAGACAGCAAAACGAGUCCUCUCAACAUGGGCCCGAGCCCCAAGAUAGCGACCUCAGUAACCCUCGAGGUCGGGGGAAACCACCCUGUACUUAGGCGAAAUCCGCAAGGGCUUAAGUCGUGAGGAAACAUCGCCACAUCACUCUCCGCACUGGUGGAAUACGCCAGAUUGUCUGCACACGACUACACGAGAUCUCUGGCAGGAAUUCUGUUACGAAGAAUAAACCAAUCAACCAAGCUAUCAGAAGUUCUCUCUCCAAUCAGCUUUCCACGUGGCUGCUCCCGGUUCAUUCAGUCUGGUAGUUUGUUAGAGUAGCUUUACACGUGUCCCUCUGUUCUCUUCUUCUUUGGAUUUUUUGGAUUUUUAUUAAUUUGGAUCUGUUGGAUUUGAAUUUUAUUUAUUCAGUAGUCAGGAAAUUUGAGAUUCAAAGUAAUCAAAAUUUAUAACAAGAUAUUCAAGUUCAGAUAUAUCUUCAUUUGAAACUUUAAAAAAUCAAAAUUUUAUUAAAAAAUAUGAUUGAUAAAAAAAUAGAGAACUAGGAAGAAGAAGAAGAAGAAGAAGAGAUUACAUACCUUGUCGCUGAUGAGUGCAGGGCUACGACAUGGCUACAACAGACGGACUGCGGUGCAAGGCCACAAUCGACGAUGGUGAUGAGUUCUACUAUGGAGAUUCAAUGUUGCCGUCCAUGGGAGGAAGGAUCGCAACAGUUAUGCAUCGGUGAUGUGGGUCUCUUUUUUAAUUAAGGGUAGUUUUGUCAGAUUACCUCUUUUUAGUCCUAUUUUUGUCAAAUAUAGGAGUCAUAUUUUUGCAAUUCUAACUUCUUUUAGUCCUAUUUAGGCAAAUCUCUCUUAGUUUUAUUGAACUAAUAAACUUUUGUAAAGACAAGUUUAUCAAAAGCUAGCAAUGUAAUUAAUAAAAAAUUAAAUAAAUCAAAACCUAUGAAAUAUUAGGUCCUAGAUUGAUAGUUUUCCAUCAUUUAAAAUUCCUUUCCAAGUUCCAAAGAGUAGUUUUGCGCAUCUUAUGAAAUGUAUAAUGAUAGUCUCAGAUAGAGGUAAAAGUCUAGGGGAGGGGGGGUGAAUAGACUUUUAAAGCUUUUUCAACUUUAAAAACUUUUCCCUACUAGAUGUGAUGAUCUAUGAUCUUUUGGGAGAUUAUAGAUACGCAACGGAAGUCUUGACCUCUAAAUAAACAGUGUAUAAUAACUUUCUAUGUUUGAGUGGAGUUUUGGACUUAUUUAAGUGAGCAGUUGACUGGGUGGCUGAGUGGACUGCAGGCAACUGCUGAGUCAGCUGCUAAGGAAAGAUGAAAGUAUGAGAAGCUAAUUAUAGAAUCUUACUCAGAAUGAUGAGAGCUUUCUGGAAAUGUGCUGAGCUGAGUUGAAGUGAAGGUUUAUGAGAGCAGUUGAGUAAUGAGAGCAGUGUCUGACCAGGGAACUGGUGAGGCACCUGCUGAGGCGCCUGCUGAGGCACCUGCUGGGGACGUUCGUCCACCUUCACACCUACGGGUUGAACUGAUUUAAUCCUCCCGGGGGCGUUCGUCCACCUUCAGACUGCACCUGCAGGUUAGGCCCUAAGGCCGUUCGUCCCCUUUACAAUAUCACAAUUUAAAGGAUGAUUUUCAGAAAUCUGAUUGCACAAGCCUUUUUGUAAUGAUCUUGUAAGGCUCUUGUGAUGUUGAGAUGUCUCAAAGAAAGUAGAGAUGGGCAGUGGGUCGAGCAGCAAGCUAAGAUGAGGCAACUGCUGAGGCUACUGUUAAUGAAUUGCUUUCUCUCAAUAAGAAGAGUUUGGUGUGUGCUUUGUUAACUGAAAGUAAAUCAACACACUAUGUAUCCAUGUUCAGAGGUGGUGUAAUCCUCCUACGUCCAGUCCCACUCUUUCAGAUGGAUUUUCACUAAAGUAUGAAGCCCAAACACACCACAAAAGCGACCUAGCUUGAAGGUGUUUCACAAAGAGUACACACCACUCCAAGGUACUUAGUCCUUAGGUUUUUCUCGAUUGAUCCAGUGGGGAUCAAAAGGUACUCUAUCCUAUCUAACCACACUUAGGACUUGAACAACUGUGCUCCUAAGUGUUUACAACAAUUUAUGAUAACCACAAGAAAAUACAAUUCCAACUAAAAACUAAACUUCCAGAAUCUAGCAAUGAAAAGCUCUAACUUGGAAGUUUAGUGAAGCAUAAGUCUAAGUAGAGAGCAAAGUUAAACAUGCACUUUCUCUUUUGCUAGAUAUCUCUUGAAUGCUCAGUAAGAUUUUCUCUACUUAGAAGACUCAAAAACUUACCUUAGAACUCAUGCUUCUGCCCAUAUUUAUAGGCUUCUCCAGUUUGAUUGAUCUCAUCCAUUGGUUAAGAUGAGUCAAUCUCUGACGUUGAACGUUUUGACCUUUGUCUUCUUGUGCUGGAGCAGAUAUUUGUGAUUUCCUUUGUCUUCACUGAUGAGCCGCUAAAAGAUCACAUCAGGAUCAAUUUGGUGAUUCGUUAUAUGUGUCCCAUGCUCGAGGCCCCAUGUACGUUUUAGCAUUAAAUGCCUAUCAAAUUUUGUCUUCAAUCAUACACAUCCAAUGUAUAUGAACAUUUUUGUGAUGAGAUUAAUUUUUGUGUCAAAUAAAUUUAUACUGGUAGGAUUUGAAUAUCCUUUUAAGAUAAAUAAAAUUUACCUUAUUGCAUUUUCAAUUUCCAUCAUAAUUUAUUUGUCACAAAAAUUGUACAUUUGAUUUUUGUGAAGACGUUCGUGCUUUGAUGAAGGACUGUGUAUUGGCGCCUGCCUGAAAAUGAAGGACGGCGUUUGAGGACGUUCGUCUCCUGAUGACGACGGCACUGAUGAAGCUGUUCGUCAUAUAAAGAACCAAUCUUUGACGCUGCCUUGAAGUUGAAGGAUGGCGUUGGGGAUGCUCAUCCCCAGAUGACAACAGCGCUGACCAAGCUUUGUCAAGCUGAUGAACUCGUUCAUCAUAUAGAGGACCAAGCUUUGAAGCUGGUCUGAAGUUGAAGGUGUUGGGGAUGUUCGUCCCCAGAUGAUGAUGGUACUUAAGUCGUUCAUCAUUUAGAGGACCAAGCUUUGAAGCUGGUCUGAAGUUGAAGGUGCUGGGGACGUUCAUCCUCAGAUGGCGAUGGUACCUUUUUUGAAUCUACCUUUUUUGAAAGGUGACUAUCAUUCGUUUACUUUUUUCUUAUUCAAAAACAACCAUAUUUAUGAUCGUUAAGUCUCAUUCGUCAUGUUUACUUUAUUGAAUAUUUAUGAUCCUGCCAAUUGGGGAAUCUAGAUACCAAAACUAGAAACAUUAUCUUCUUGAUGUUAAGUCUAGACAUUUUAGCCCUUUGUCCUCGAUAUUACAAAAAUGAAGAUAAAAGACAAACAAGUGACAUCUUUUUUAUAUUUUCAAAAAUGUCACCAACUUCACAAUUAUAACCUGCAAUGACAAAGUGCGUUCGGCCAUAGUGACUCCGGGCACAGUGACCAAAUUACCAACUAUGUAUUGACUUUCCCAUCGCACGAAUUAAUGACUGCCGCCGCUCGGAUUAGUGACUGCCGCCGCCCGGAUUAAUGACAGUCAUCGCCCUAUGGCCAGUGACUGAGGCUUGCCCCCAGUUGGUGUCGCCCCACCGGGCAGUGCAUGUCGCCCACGCCCAACUACACCCCCAGUCAUUGCCAGCCCUAUUAUAGUGACAACACCACCAUCAGUGGCACUGCCACCACCAUAGUGAUGCCACACCACCGCCACCCAUGUUCUUCCAUAAACACCGCCCAUGUCCUGGUCGUGGCCCCCCUCCCAAGCCAUCACCACCCCUACCCCAACCCUGCAAAUCAGACCCGUCACUGCCCACCAACCCUACCAGCAUGUCCCUUAGCCCUACACACCAGCUCCCAAGCCUCCACCGGCCACCCGCACUCCCUAUCCCCAGCCUUACCAGCUUGCUCGUAGCCCUACGCACCAACUCCCAAGCCCCCACCGGUCACACCCCACUCCCUAUUCCCAGCCCCACCUCAUGUCCUUCGCUGAGGCCCUAUUUCGAAAUUGACAACGGCGGAUCCGACAUCAGGAACCCCAAAUCCGAGUCGUUGCACGUUGACGUUAGAGAUCCGGCACCGGCGGCCCCAAAUCAGAGUCGUUGUCCAUCGAGGAUGACAGAUAUGGCUAGACGUCUUUUGCAGAAAUCAGCGCCGCGCUCGCCAUUCCAAAAGGAACUGCGAUGUGUUCCCCCAGAAUCGUUGCCCCAUCAAUUUGAAUGGAAGGAGAAGAAGGGAGAUUUAGAAAAUUUGACGGGGAGAAUAACUUACUUGGUGUAGUCGCAGGCUGCUCUAGAUGGAUGUGGCUGCGGCGGGAUGUGGCGGGAUGCGGAAGGAAUAGUACUUGACCGGUGGAGGCCUGAUGAAGUCGACAAAAUUGUAUGGUGUCGUGGGGAGGCAAUGGAGCGUCACGGCCACGUCAUAUUUUUGUAAAAUAUUAAAAGGGUCUUGUAUUUGGAAUCCAAAAGUCUAUGACUCAUACGUGGGUCAUUAUUCGGACAUUUCAAAUAUUUAUUACACUAGAAAAAUGAAAAAUAAGGAAAGUGAAUUAAGCAUAGAGGCCGUUUGGUAACAAUGUUUCUCGGCUUAUCAGGUUUAUCAGCCAACUUUUUCACCAAACGCGUAAUUUUUGCUUUCGCGCGCUGAAUUGUGCAAUAAGCAGAAAAAGUAAGGUUGGAGUUACUUUUCUGGCUGU